AUGCGUCUCUCACACGCGACUUUCCUCGGGGUGGUCGGUCUAGUCUCCGCGGCGCCCAAGCACGCCCACCGGGCUCAUCUCUGGGCCACCCACUACAAUGGCAAUGUUUAUACGUUGUCAUUGGAUGGCGAGAACCUUUCGCUUACCGAUACGAUGAAGACGUGCGGUAACAUGCCCAGUUGGUUGACAUUCGACUCCGAGGCGCGCGUGCUGUACUGUUCCGACGAAGACGGCACCGCCGACCCUUCAACCCACGGUACCUUGACGGCAUACAAAGCCGCAUCGAACGGUAAGCUGCAAGAGAUCGCAACGACCGAUACCAUUGGAGGUGGCGUCAACUCUGUGAUCUACGAGAAUGACGAUGGAGAGAAGUAUCUUGCUAUUGCACACUAUGAGGGCUCCGCCGUCUCAACCUAUGACCUCCCUCUCAAGGCAAACGCCCCAGUGAAACAAGCCUUCCACUUCCACAUGGACCAUCCCGGUGCCGUAGCCCAGCAAGACUCCCCCCACCCGCACGAAGUCUUCCUCGACCCGACAGGCUCGUUCCUUGUCUCGCCCGAUCUAGGCGCUGACCUGCUACGCAUCUACUCCAUCUCCGUCUCCGAUGGUCAAUUGCACGAAUGUCCCGCCGUAAAUGUGACAUUCGGCAGCGGACCCCGCCACGGCGUCUUCUGGACUGAUGGAACCGGCAGUAUCACUCAGUCGGCACAGUUUGGUGCAAUCACCCACCAACGCCAGGCCGCAGCCGUUGGCAAGACGAUGCUGUAUAUUGCUAAUGAGAUCGGGGGUACGAUAAUGGCCUUUGAUGUCGCGUAUGACCGGUCUGGGUGUCUUGAUCUCCAGAAGACCCAGACGUUUGUGCCGUAUCCUGGUGGCAAGAUGCCGCAGGGCGCGACGCCGGCUGAGAUUCGCAUGGAGGGCGACACUAUUUAUCUUUCUGUCCGCAGUGAUCAGGGGUUCAAACCUAAUGAUUCGAUGGUCACACUGAAUCGGUCGCCUAAGAAUGGGUCUGUGAGUCUGCGCGAUACGACCGAUGCGUAUGGAAAGGUGCCACGGACGUUCGCUAUCAACAAGGCUGGAGAUCUGGUUGCUAUUGGGGACCAGGCAUCGGCAACUGUCGUUAUUGUGCGCAGAGAUCGACAGACUGGGGAUCUCGGGGAGAAGGUUGCUAUGUUGCAGGUUGGGGAGACUGGAACGGUGGGCUCGUCGGAGGGGCUGAGCAGUGUCAUUUGGGACGAAUGA